GUCGAAAUUAGAUAAAAUCUAACCUCUCAAAGUCUAGUGUUUACAUAAAUUAAAGUUCCGAAAAUAAAAAUAAAGAAAAAUUAUAAAAUAAAUAAAAUUAAUAUUCAAAAAAUAAAACGUCAGAUAGUAAAAAUUUUCUAGUUGCUGUGAAAUCAACUAGAAAACAAAAUAAAAUAAUUCGGAAUGGUGUGUCAAUGUGAAAUGUCUGUUACCUUAUCAAAAAAUAACAUUAUUCAAAAAUUUAGAGAACAUUAUUUACAGUGGAGACUUUUAAGAGUAAAAUAGUACUGGUUAUAAUUUAAAUAUUCAUUAAUUUAUUAUUUAAAUUAAUUUUAUAAAUUACAUACUGCAAGUUUUUUAAAAUCCUAGUUUAUUUUUUAUUUAUCAUACUUAGAUAGUCUAAAUAAAAUAAUAAAUAUAUAAAAUGAGGAUCGUUGAUUUAGAUAAGCUGAUACAGCUUCAGAAAAAACCCGAAUCCAUAAGAAAUAUUUGUAUACUAGCUCAUGUAGAUCAUGGGAAGACGACAUUAGCAGAUUCAUUAGUAGCAAGCAAUGGGAUAAUAUCAUCAAAGCUUGCUGGCAAGCUGCGUUACUUGGACAGUCGUCAUGAUGAACAGCAGCGCGGGAUAACUAUGAAGUCUAGUUCAAUAGCACUCUACCAUACGUAUAAUAAUAAUGAAUAUUUAUUAAAUAUUAUAGAUUCACCAGGACACGUUGAUUUUUCAUCAGAAGUGUCGACAGCUGUACGUCUGUGUGAUGGAGCUGUCGUAUUGAUCGACGUCAUUGAAGGAGUAUGUCCACAAACCCGAAGUGCCUUGUCUAUGACGUACGUCGAGGGUCUCAAGCCAAUUCUGGUACUAAAUAAAAUAGAUCGUUUGAUUACCGAGACAAAAUUGGCUCCUCUGGACGCUUAUAUCCGUCUUACCCAAGUACUGGAGCAAGUAAAUGCAGUAGUGGGUGAUCUUUUUGCCAGUGAUAUGAUGGAACGUGAAGAAAAAGUUGAAUCUAAUGAUAGUAUAAAUGACAGUACGUCUGACAAUAAUUCAAUCCAGCGUCCAGUUACUGAUUGGCAGUCGGCACUUGAAGAAACUGAUGAUUCAAAUUUAUAUUUUUCUCCUGAACGUGGUAAUGUAUUAUUUGCAAGUGCUAUUGACGGAUGGGGAUUUGGAAUUGAAGAAUUUGCUAAAAUAUAUUCGGAGAAACUUGGAUUUAGUCAGCGAGUUUUAAUGAAAACAUUGUGGGGUAAUUAUUAUUUGAACAUGAAGACAAAGAGGAUCAUGAAAGGCGCACAGGAGAAAGCUAAGAAACCGUUAUUUGUAUCACUGAUUUUGGAGAGCUUGUGGACACUCUACGAAACGGUUCUUAUUAAUAAGGAUAGAGAAAAAAUGGUUUGUAUGGUUGAUAAAUUAAAUAUUAAAUUAACACCACGAGAUUUGAGAGUUACUGAUUUUAAGGUACUGCUUCAAACGAUAGCUUCUUUGUGGUUACCGCUGUCACGUGCUUGUAUAAAUAUGGUUUGUGAUAAUGUACCAGCACCUCAUCAGUUACCGAGUGAAAAAAUCAGACGGUUGAUGAGUGGCCAUAAAGAAUUUAAAGCACUUCCUGAAGAAACUCGGGUACUGGAGAAAGCAUUUUUAGAUUGCAGCACUUCACCUGAAGCGCCUGUUAUUGUUUUUGUAUCUAAAAUGUUUUCAGUUGAUAAAAAAAUGCUUCCAGAAUUUAGAACAAAGCCACUGACUGCUGAAGAAUUGGAACGAAGGCGUGAAAUAAUAAGACAGAGACAUGCGAUAAAAGAAUCUGAGAAACGUGAUCAAGAAUCAGAUAAACGUGAUCAAGAAUCAGAAAAACGUGAUCAAGAAUCAGUACCAAAGGUUAAUGAAACUCAUGAAACAGAUUCAAAUAAUAAAGAAGAAAUUGAUAAUACUGACAGUGAAGUUCUUAUUGGAUUUGCUCGUGUAUAUUCAGGUAUAAUUAAAAUAGGUAGUGAAUUAUUUGUACUAGGUCCGAAACAUAAUCCUGAGUUUGUAAUUGAAAGGAAAAAUAAUGGAGAGUCAAUAGAACCGGGUAAAUCAUUGAAAGAAUUAAAGUCAGGAUGGUAUGUGACCAAAGUCACAGUUACUAGAUUGUACAUAAUGAUGGGCCGUGAAUUGGAGAGUAUUGAUCAAGUUACAGCUGGUAAUGUUGUAGGAAUCGGUGGGCUAGAAGAUCAUGUUUUUAAAACCGCGACUUUGUCAUCAACAAUGAUGUGUCCUUCGUUUACUGAACUGACGUCGCUGACGGUGCCAAUUCUAAGAGUUGCUUUAAAACCAGAAAAUUCGUCCGACCUCAAUAAACUAAUUAAUGGUCUUAAGUUAUUGACUCAAGCUGACUGCUGUGCUGUCGUUCACAUUCAGGAAAAUGGAGAACUUGUCCUCAAUACUGCUGGUGAAGUACAUUUGGAACGGUGUCUUGAUGAUCUUAAGUUAAGAUACCCGGAAGUUGAUAUAAAAGUCUCGGAACCGAUUAUUCCAUUCCGUGAGACUGUCGUGCCACCACCGAUUGUUGAUAUGGUAAACGAAACUAUCGAGAACAAAAUUAAAGACAAGCCUGUUUUCAUUGAAUACUCGAUGGGGAAUGAUAAAUAUAUUAUUGAGAUUGAUGCCAAACCGCUACCGGAAAGUGUUACUAAGCUGCUGGAUGAUAAUCGUGACUUGAUAAAACAACUUGACUUACAUUGGGAACGAAUGGUUAAAUCAGAAUCCCUUGCCAAUUCUUUUAACAAUCUGACACUCGAUGACACGUCUCCCAUAAGUAGUUCAAAGGUCGAGGUAUUUAGAAAAGAACUUGAGGAGGCUCUUAGAGAGAAUAAGUUGGAAAGUGUCAAUAACAUCUGGUCAUUUGGACCUCAAAAAUGCGGGCCUAAUAUACUUAUCAAUGCUACUGAUUACAAAAGAAUGCCGUUUUGGAUCAGACAGAAUCAAUCGGCUAAUGAUUUUCGUGCUUUGUAUGACAAUAGUAUUAUUAAUGGAUUCCAAUUAGCAACAAUUGCUGGGCCUUUAUGCGAAGAACCAAUGAGAGGUGUCUGUUUUAUUAUCAAGAAAUGGGAAAAAGUUACGAAAGACAUUGAAAGUGAACCUAGUGAUCAAAACAACAAAAAAGUUAACGAAGAGACAGAAAGUGAGUCCGGUCAAAGUAAACAGAAAGUGAAAAAAGAAACUGAAAGUGACCAUAGUAAUAGUCAAAGUCAAAGUUACUUGAGUGGUCAAUUAAUAUCAGCAUUCAAAGAAGCCUGUCGUCGUGCUCUCAGCAUGCGACGACCUCGACUAAUGACACCGAUGUACUCAUGCAGCGUAUUGGUCGACCACGAUGUUCUUGGUAAACUGUACGCGGAAUUUGGGCGCAGACAUGGCCGAGUAAUUGCUGCGGAUACUGCACAUGGUUUUGGUGGAAAAUUUAAAGUAGAGGCGAUACUGCCACAACCAGAAAGUUUUAAUUUAUUGAGAGAAUUACGGAAACAAACAUCAGGUUUAGCAACUCCGCAACUUGUUUUUAGUCAUUGGGAGGUGAUUGAGCAGGAUCCAUUCUGGGCGCCGUCAACGGAAGAAGAAUAUUUACAUUUUGGUGAAAAAGGCGACAGUAUAAAUCGCGCUAAAAAAUACAUCGACGCGGUACGACGUCGCAAAGGACUACCUGUUGAUUCACAACAUGUUACACAUGCUGAGAAACAGAGAACGUUGUCUAAAAAUAAAUAAAUACGUAUACAUAUAAAGUUGAAUGAAAUUAUUUUUGACAUAUUAAAUAAAAAUUUUUUAUUUAGUAUUGUUCCAAUUAAAUUUAUAAUUUAAAAAAUAAAUAUUUAACUAACAAUUAA